AAGUUCCUCCUGCAGAUCCAGCGCGAGCGUGGCCUAUCAGCCGGAACUACAGAGCGCCGGCGCAUCCAUGCGGCCAUGUCCUUGCUGGCGUGGCACCUCCUGGAUGCCGUCACUCCUCACCUCCAACGUCGUUGCGACUGGCUCACCCUUGCCUCGCGUUGGGCAUCGACUGCAGCAAUAAAACCCCGUGCCCCCGUCCUUUGGGCAUUCUCCUGUCUCUGCUCCUCAAUAUUCUUGCCCAACAUCGGUGCCCAACUCUGCGACACUUCCGACCACCUCAACAUACCAUACCACCACCUAUACAACAUUUUUACUUGCCGCUCCGGCCUCUCUACCUCUUCCUCUCUCUUACCAGCAACCCAGUUCCACAAGGACCCCAGGACUUGCUUUGCGCUGCCAGCUAUCCAGCCCAUCUGGACAGGUGCUAAACAUACAGAGACCAUUGCUUCCCCCCUUUGGUCUCUUGGAUCUCAGAAGAGUGCAAAUUGCUCUUGCUUUCUCCCGGACACAAUGACAGCUACGCUGGUGCCACGCCAAGCUAUGCCUGGAUUCAAAACCACUGACCUCGACGAGGUUCAGUCGCUCUCAAGCGACUACAGCUUCCCCCAAAACAUGGCAGCGCACGCCGCUGGCCCCUUUUCCUUCUCUCAGAGCACAGGAGCUUCCACAGACCUGAUGCAUGCGCCAUCAUGGAUGCGUUCCACAGAGUCUUACCAGGACUUCCCGGAUAAUGGAUCAUCACACUCAGGAGAGGCCGAGGAUUACGUACUCACAUCCGGACAGACCACGCCCCGUGGAUCAAGGCUUUUUCGACCACGACCCGUCGAGAGCAACUGGCCGGUUGCUGGAAUGACUUCAGUCCACACAGUCGCGCCACAUGCUAUGGCCAGGCUGGACUCGAGCAGAUCAAAUGGAUCUUCGCUCUCACAGUCAUCAGGCACGUCCAGCAUGGGCGUUCGAGGUAAUGCUGCUUUCCAAGCCGGAUCCCAAGGCGUUGGAAACCUCACCGGAAUGGACUCGUGCGUGUUUUUCGAGAGCGACCCAGCUGUCAUUUCCCAAGGAUUCUGGUCUGGCUACCAAGAUGCCAGCCACACUACCGAUGAUGUCGCAUUCGCCGUGCCUCAAGGGACCGAGCUCGUGGUGAACCCAGCCCAGCUCUGGGUGCCCGAGGCUCCUCUUUCAAGCAACGGAUCCCCCGUGUCCUGGUGCAUUGACGGAUCCGUCUCGAGGACCCCAUCGCCGGUCAAUGUCAGCGAGGCUUGGUUUGCCUCAGCACAGAAUGAGCCUUUGAGCCCUCCUCAGUCUUCUCCAGAGAUUGCCUGCCAAUCUCCAAGCAGCAUUGACUACAUCAGCCAUCACGACGUCUCCGGACAAGGCUACCCAGUUUCGGACGCCAUGCCCCUUGCCAACAACAUGAUCAACCGCCGAGAAGUGGAGAGCGCCCGCAACCACGACUUGUACAAGAGUGCCGUGACCCAGAAGGACGGACUAUACCACUGCCCCUGGGAGGGACAGCCAUCCUGCAACCACAAGCCUGAGAAGCUCAAGUGCAACUACGACAAGUUCGUCGACUCACACCUCAAGCCAUACCGCUGCAAGGACUCGGAUUGCAAGGACAAGGAGUUCUCUUCCACGGCCUGCCUCCUCCGCCAUGAGCGCGAAAUGCACGGGAUGCACGGCCAUGGUGCGAAGCCGCACCUUUGCCCCUUCCCUGGAUGCGAGCGCGGUGCCCCCGGCAAUGGAUUCCCCCGCCACUGGAACCUCAAGGACCACAUGGAGCGUGUACACAACCACCAGAAGAACGCAGGGGUCAACACCACUUCUUCCUCUCCGGACAGCAGCAGCCAUGCCCAGCCAGCCAAGGGACGCAAGAGGAAGACCCAGACUGAGCCGUCGCGCAGCAUCUCCAGCCGCAAGGUCAUUCAGAAGAUUGCGCCACCAAAGGAAGUAGAGAAGCCCGCCGCCAAGCCUUUGGUUGAGCAAUGGAUGGACAGCCGCAAGGCCAUUGAGGACAUGGCUCGUGGCCUGGACAACCCCGAGGAUGCGCGCACUGUCCAGCAGAUCGCGGACAUGCAAAAGCUGCUUGGUGUCAUGUCGCAAAUGAGCAACACCAUGGCUCACGGCACCUUGAUGCCUGCGCCCAUGCCCAUGGAGUUCGCCGCCAGCGGCUGAAUGAACCUUUUCUUCUUCUUCUUUUUUUCUUAUUUGAGGAUCACUACACACGAGGUACGGGACACCUCAGCCCCACGGUACCGAGGAGUGCGCAAGCACAAUGCCCCAUUCGUGGACACGAGCAAAGCCUCUUGAGUCGAUACAGCACCCAUCGAAUCCGAUGUUGAGAUGCUUUCGACCAGGUAUUCUGGACUUGAGGCAGGCUCCUGAGCCGAGGAUCGCCCAAGGCAUGCUCCAUGCCCUGCUGAGGACGCAGACGGGCCGUUUCGUGCCCUGACGCUGCGGAUAUGCCAUGCCGCGCCGAGGAAGACGGCUGGAGGAAUCACGACGGAAUAACUAGAUGGCACACAGAUAGACAGAAUUGGUGGAGGGCAACAGGACAGUCCCAGAGGCCUGUUUCAGAGGAUCACAGCAGUAAACUGGGUCUUAGGAGUUUGGACACACAUGCUACAUAUACAAAUGCAAAAUUUUGAUAGACGCGUU